AGCAUUGCUGAUGCUGCCGAUUAUGAUGCCGGUGGUGAUGACAUAGCAGAAUGCAACUCUUCAGAUGAUGAGGAAGAAGCCGCUGCAAUAGAAGACGAUUUGAAUAUUCUUGGUUCCGGAAUCGAGAGCGAUAUUACACAUAACUCUUCAUCAGUUUGUGAACUACAAAAUUGCCCCGAUUUGGAAGAAGGUCGCGAUUGUGACGCUACCAAGGGCGACUGCGCAGACGGCGACGACGAAGGAGAGGAGGACGAAGACGACAUUCAGUUCGGUCGUUCCAGGCUUAGCUGGCCAGUACGAGGUAACUUCAGCAGCGUCUUGGUAACGUUCGACAAAAGGGGAAGCUUUGGCGACGCAGCACGCGCAACCACUCUCACCGACUUCGAGGCCGAUUCGGAAAACAGUGACUGGGAAACAACGCAACACCAGGUGUCCACUCAACGCAAGCCAUACAACGCCACAGUGUGCUCUAAGAAGCGAACAGAAAAUGAAGCGAUUUCAAUGAAUUCAAAGUCAUUCGUCACACCGCUGAUUGGCGAGGAGAGUGGCAACAACGACAUUACCCUAACACAGUCAGACAUUAACACCUCUGCGACUGCCCCAGUCAGCCGUUGCCACCAGGCUCAAGAUGCCGUCGACGGCGUGUUAGACGUGUAUGACCAGCGGGAGAUCGCGUCCGCCAAUGCAUCAUCGAUGUCGAUGAAAACGAAAAUGAAUAACUCGCACACAGAUGGCGACGAGCAACAAAUGCUAGUCCCGAUGAGCGCGUCGUCCACUGUAGCCGCCAAUGUCACAACAAUUUCCAACGCUAGCAUCAACACCAUCUCGACGGCAACGCAGACCCAGCAGAAACUGCAAACCUUGCACAAUAACAAACAGGUUGGCGGCGCACCGAUCAAGCAAAAGAGCAUCGCCGUCAUUUCACCCAACAACAGUCACAACAAUAAAUCGCCGACCGUGUUGCGCAAACGGCAGCAGCAACACCACACCGACAUCUCCAAGUUUAAUCGAUCUAAUCGUAAGUCGAAAAAUUGUGCCGUUUUCUACUUCAAACACCUGGACACCGACAACGAGACGAACUGUAGCAGCUUUGGCGACGCCGCCGAUGCCGAUGCAAGUGGGGGCCAGCCCGACGGUCGGGACUUGUCGUCUUCGACUUCACAGACAAGCGAAAUUGAACUGCCGUAUUCGGUUCGUUGCCGCGCUAAACACGGUGUUCCUUCAACAAAUAAAACUCAAAAGAAACAUAAACAAACGCAGCAGUCGGAGGCCAGAAGAGGUCUAUUGCCUCCCCGCUCUCCAAAUAAGUCGACGAAGACGCCACAGUCGAAAGCGCGUGAAAGUGACGACGCCAGUGCAAUUAACGUCACAAAG